AUAAAUUGGGAUUUUGAGGUGCAGUGCAAAGAGACCCCAUAUAUAAAUUUUUCAAUGCUAUUCAAUAUUAUCUGAUGAAAUUCACUUUGUUUUUUCAAGAAUGAACAACCUUAGCCUUGACAAAACCUCAACACCCAACCCCUUCUUGUCAAUUUCAUCUCUACACCAUUCAAGAAUCUCAAAAUCCCUUUGUUUUCCCAGAAAAGUUCUUGUUUUUGCUGAUAAAAAUGAUAAUUCAACCUCAAUAACUAGUGGGUUUUUGUCAAAAACUCAUUUUUCCUCCAAAAAAGUUACUGUUUUUGCUGAUAAAGAUGACAAUUCAAGUUCAAUAGCAAGUGGGGUUUUGUCAAGAACUAAUUUUUACCCCAAAAAAGUUGCUGUUUUUGCCUCUAAAGAUGAUAAUUUAAGCUCAAUAACAAGUGGGGUUUUGUCAAGAACUGUUUUUUUCUCCAGAAAGACUAAGAAAUUUGCUGUUUUUGCUUCUAAAGAUGAUAGGAAUAGUAAUAAGCUUGACCAGUGGGACCAAAUGGAACUGAAGUUUGGCAGAUUAAUUGGUGAAGACCCAAAAUUAACCUUAGCUAAGAUAAUUAGUAGGAAAACAAACCCGGAGACAUCUUAUCUUGAAAUUGAAGAGUCAUUUGACCAGAAGAAGGGAAAAACAUCCGGUGAAAUUGUGGAGGUUCCGUUUGAUGCAUCCAAGCAAAAGAAAUCUCUCAAUUCAUCAAAUGGAUUAAAUUUGGUUCGUCCUGUGCCCAAGAAGGGUGUUAAGUUCGAGGUUGAUGAAAAACCGCCAAAAACUGAGGGUUAUAAACAAAGCCAACCAAUUUCAAAACCUGAAGUAAGUAGAAAAAGUAGUGUUCCAAAUGUCAUAUUGCGAAAACCAAGUUUGUAUUCUGAGGAGGAUGAAUCAUCAAAAUUCAAAAUUAAGCCAAACUUGACACUGAAAAUGGGCAAAGAACUGAAACCUGAGAAGUUUAGUGAUGUUACAUUGUUGAAGAAGCCAGAACCAAUGAGGAUCAGCUCCGACGAUAGUGAAAAGAAUGGACAAUCAAGUGAUAAGUCUAGUGAUGCUACAUUGUUGAAGAAGCCGGAGCCAAUGAGAAUCAACUCUGGCAAUAGUGAAAAAAAUGGACAAUCAAGCGAUGUCUUGCCUGUAUCUAGUGAUGACUCCAUAGAUGCUAGUCUUACAGAGGUGUAUGCAUCAACUAGUGAACCCAAAAACAGCUUGCUUCUAAAUAAGCCAGAGCCUAGUAAUUUAAAUCUAAAGAUAGAUCCAAAUCAAGAAUCUGCCGAGGCUCAGCAUCCUAGUAUUUCGGAUGAAAGUACUAACUCUUCUUCUGAGCUUAUAAGUAUGGCAGAGAAUAAACUCCACCAACCGUUACAACCUAGCAGAAGCAAUCCUCUUGAGAAGCAAGGCUUUGGUACAGGAUUCCAGCAGAGUGAUACACAGCCUGCUGAGAGAAGUUCUGAUUCCAAUACACCCUUUGAUACUGGACCCAUGGAAUCUUUGGAUGCUGCUCUUCUUGGAAAACCGAAAAGAUUAGACCAAUCUAAAAAGGAAGCAUCAAGUGUUAGUCAGGAGGAUAUGCGUCCUGUCAAAUCUGAGGGCUAUGGAAAUGCUUCAGAGAUUGAAAACUUCCUGGCAAAAUCAUCCAUUAAGGAACAUGAAGAUAAUGACUGGAUAAGAGCUGAAGAGCUUGUUAAGAGUGGAGGAAGAGAGGAUGUCGAACUAGUCAGCUGUAGCACCAGAGGCUUUGUUGUAUCCUUUGGUUCCUUGAUAGGAUUUUUGCCAUAUCGCAAUCUUGCAGCCAGGUGGAAAUUCUUAGCUUUUGAAUCUUGGUUGAGGCAAAAAGGUUUGGAUCCAUCCCAGUACAAGCAAGGUCUGGGGAUCGUUGGAGGCUAUGAUGGUUUUGGCAAGGCAGCUUCUCCUGAGGCAGGAGUAGAUCUGCAAAUUGCUAAAAAUGCCGAUGAGGAGAUCUCGCCAGAUAUGAAACUUGAAGAUCUUCUCAGGAUUUAUGACCAAGAGAAACUCAAGUUCUUAUCAUCAUUUGUUGGUCUGAGGAUCAGAGUAAGUGUGGUGUUGGCUGACAGAUAUUCCAGAAGGCUAAUAUUCUCGAUAAAGGCAAAAGAAAAGGAAGAAUUGGUCGAGAAGAAGAGGAGCCUUAUGGCAAAACUUCAGGUUGGGGACGUGGUAAAAUGUUGUAUACAAAAAAUUACCUACUUCGGUAUAUUUGUCGAGGUUGAAGGAGUACUUGCGCUAAUUCACCAGACAGAAGUCUCAUGGGAUGCCACUUUAGACCCUGCGUCAUAUUUUAAAAUUGGCCAGAUUGUGGAGGCAAAAGUUCACCAGUUAGACUUUUCACUUGAGCGCAUCUUCCUGUCGUUGAAGGAAAUAACGCCAGAUCCCAUGAUGGAGGCCUUGGAGGCUGUAGUUGGUGAUCAUGAUAAUUUGAAUGGAGAACUCCAAGCAUCAGAGCUGGAUACUGAGUGGCCUGACGUGGAAUCUCUAAUCAAAGAAUUACAGCAGUUCGAGGGUAUCUCCUCUGUAUCAAAAGGGCGGUACUUCUUGAGCCCUGGUUUGGCUCCAACAUUUCAGGUUUAUAUGGCAUCCAUGUUUGAGAAUCAAUACAAGUUACUUGCGCGGUCGGGAAAUAGAGUACAAGAGGUGAUAGUGGAGACAUCAUUGAGUAAAGAGGAAAUGAAAUCUGCAAUUCAAUCUUGUACAAACAAAGUUGAAUAACCAAUCAAAACGUAAUAAUAAAUAAUACGAAGAGAGUGACCGUGGAGAAAACGAACGGAUGGUAAGGGUCUGAUACCGAAUUAGCAGAGUCGGAAGUUAGAACAGCAGAAACGGAGAAAAGAAAUGACCUAAACUGCGUUCUAUUUUGAACGAAAAUGGUAUUAAUUUUAUUGUUUUGCCUUUGAUAUCAAUAAAUUAGGAGCUUAUUUACUUGCUAGUAAGUGCGUUAUGUUUAAGCAUCGAUGUAAUACGCUUAAACAACAAUCGAUUACGCUUCAAUAUCAAAC